UGCAAGCGUCGUCAGGCAGGCCGGGUCAAUAGCAAACGGGCAGGUAGGUACAGGGGGUCAGGCAGAGAAUGGUCGGGGUCACAAGCCAGGGAUCAGAACAGGGUCAGCAGAGGUCAGGAUCAAACAGGGUCAGCAACAAGACAGGAACAGGGACAGGAACAGGAACAGGAAUGCAGGAACAAGAUUCAGGGCCCAGGAAAAACACACACACCAAGGCAAAGACUGCAGGUCUGGCCAUCACUUAAAUACACCUGCAUAAGCAGUUUCAGGUGUUUGGCUGACUGCAGGGUUGAGUCUCUGAUUGCUGGGAGCACCCGCUGGCCAGCCCUGGUACUGCAGCCCACAAGGCAGGUGAGUCCCACCGCUACUGGCAAGUCCAUUCCUAACAGU